AUGACAACACGAGGUUUCAAAAGCGUUUCGAUUCGCUCAUUUCAAGUGUUUUUCACUUGUCAAAUUCUUCAGGUUCAGAUUAUUCAGAGGCGAACACUGGACAGUCUUCAAAACCCCAGUGUUCGAAUUGUUGCUAGUGAGAGCCAUAUCAGUUUGGAGUACGCAGAUGACAUCGUCCUCAUCUUUGAAGACCAAAGUGAAGCACAGGCUCUGUUGAAUAGACUGACUAUCACCAUACCGUCUUUUGGCAUGCACCUUGUACCUUCAAAGUGCAAAGCUACGCUUCAGAACGUGCAGUCUGCGAACAUGUCUAUUAGGAUGCAAGGAGAAUCACUGGGAGUUGCGGAAAAUUUCACAUACCUCGGUAGUUGUAUUAGCACUGACGGAACUGUCCGGUGA